CAUGUGCCGCUAUACUGUAGCAGCAGGCCGCCAGCACAGUGUGGCAUCCGUGCGCACCUGACAUUGACAGGCAGUCACGUUUCACGUUACGCGCCAGAUACAGACGUGACAGAAAAUACAUCCCACGCUUGCGACAGGCGUCUGGUUUGGUUGCGUUGCAGAGCAGGGUCUGAUUUUGUAGCUCGGGACUAGGAUACUUGAAGCUUAGAGUUUGGUAAAAAAAAAACACAGCCCACUCUUUUUUGUUUGCCACAAACCAGCAAUACAGAUCACCAGAUUGGCCUAUCUGAUCCAAGUGCAAGCCUCUGGCUGGCGCGCACUGAUCCUGCCGGAUUCGUUUAAGGCCGUUGUGUUCUGGGAGAAACUGCUGUGAAUCUAUCAUCGGUAAUCAGUGCGAUCUCAUCACAGUCACCGGGAACAGUUCGGACAGACCGUACAUGGACAGCAGGUUGACACCUUUGCCAAAUUCAACAAUGGCAGCUGCUGAUUCUGUCUUGUUUAGCAAGCCGGUGGAGGUCCCACUUCCAAGCCAAUACCAGAGACUGGUGCAUCUAGACUUGAAGGGAGCCCCGUUAAAAAUGGAUUUUCUCAGCAAGCUGAUUGUCAAACUGAAGGAGUGGGGAGCCACCGGUUUACUGGUCGAAUACGAAGACACGUUCCCCUACACUGGGGAUCUUACUGAGCUGGCACUACCUAGUGCAUACAGCCUGGCUGACCUCAAGGUUCUCCAGCAGCUAGCUAGAGACAAUGACAUGGAGUACAUCCCCGUAGUUCAGACCUUCGGCCAUCUAGAGUAUGUGUUGAAACACAACAAGUUUGUCCACCUGAGGGAAGUACCAGAGUUCCCAACCAGUAUUUGUCCAUCGAAAGAAGAUUCCCUCCUGUUAAUUCAGGAGCUACUAGACCAAGUCAUCCAGGCACAUGACGGCCUGAAGUACUUCAGCAUCGGUGCUGAUGAAGUUGUACAUCUGGGCUGUUGUCACAAAUGCCAGCAUCGCAUAGAGACUGACCUGGGUGGCUUUGGCUGCUCUCUCUACUUGGAUCAUGUGACCAAGGUGCUUCAGUACAUACGCAAGCAGCAUCCAGGGAUUACAUGCAUAAUGUGGGACGACAUGCUCAGGACCAUUGACCCCAAGCUCAUGAAUGAUGUUAAGCUAGGUGAGCUUGUAGAGCCUAUGGUUUGGAACUAUUCUGACGAUACGACGUCAUUCAGACUGCGUUUUCACCAAGGGAUGUGGGAGAACUACAGCCAAGUGUUCAAGCACUUCUGGAUAGCCACCGCAUUCAAAGGAGCUUUUGGACACACUCUAUACUGGCCCCCUUCCAAGCUGCAUGUUCAGAAUCACCUGCUGUGGCUGCAAGAACUGGACAAGACGAUCCCCAAGACCCUGACACUAAGGGGCUGUGUGCUGACUGGCUGGCAGAGGUAUGAUCACCUGUCAGUACUGUGUGAGUUGUUACCUACUGCGUUGCCCUGUCUAGCACUCUGCUUACAGGUCCUUUUACAAGGUGGCUAUUCCCAUGACGUCUUGGAGAGGGUGUCCAAGCAGCUUGGCUUUACCGAACCCUUCCAGAUAGAGGUUCCCCAGCACACUGAUUCUCUCAGUUCCGAGGAGGCCUUUCCAAGCAGUGACUUGUAUUCAGCCAUCCAGGAUUUGGUCAUAUUUGAGGCAUCGCCCAGAUUCAAGGAUUUCAUGUCUCAGAGCCAGCUGCACGCAAACAUGGACCCCAAUGCCAGAAUUGCCACAGAUCUUCCCAUGGUCCAUUACUCUGUUGAGGAGAGCGCGACAGAGGCCAAGAGUCUGGUGGGUCAGCUGGAAGCCAUCCGGCAGAGGGCACGGGCCGCCCUGGGCUAUGUCUACCACACCACAACCAAAGAGGAGUGGCUGGAGCUGCGCAUCAACCCCAUCCUGAGGGCGCUGAAGAUGUUCGUUGGAGGUGGGAGCAUGGACGAAGUCAGGGAGGAGGAGGAAGAUGAGAUGGAGCUUGGGAAGAGUUAAGAUGACCUCCAACGCUGGCCAGUGAUCUACACAGAAGGCACAGAAGGUACAGAAGGCACUUGAACCAUAAUUUGAAAAUCUACCAGUGAGAAAUAUGAACAGACAAAAGAGAGUGUUAUUUUUGUGUCCCCAAGCAAGGCAGUUUACCAGUGGUUGGAACUGUGCUGACAGACAAUAAGAGGGGAACACAGGGUACUAUAUUGGUAUCCCUCUGCUAAGCACGUUUGACAGUACUGUCGUUGGGAACUGAUGACAACAGACCAGUGGGACUGGAGCACAGAAUACCAUUUUUGUGUCCCUAGGCAAGGCACUUUAUGCACCAGCAAAGAUGGUUAGCUGGCACCUCAUUGGAUUGUCAGUGACGACUGUAGAGUGUCCCGCCAACAACAGCUGUACAGCUGCAACUGUUUGCUGCAACUACAGAACAAGAUUUUGGGACCUAUGGAGGUGGCCCUUGUAUUUGAUAAAACUGAAAACUCUGUUGUUGGAUUAUUUCCAGACUGCCUUAUGGGCAGAUCUGAAAGUUCGUAGGCUUGCCAUCGAUAUUCAUGUGGCCGGUGCAACAUCCACUUGCUCCAGUGCUGGUGAGGCACAAAGAACAAGCAGCCGUACCCACCAAUUAUAGCAGUUGACACUUUACACAGGAAGGACUUUAUGGUCAACUGAGUUUGGAACUUCAGCUUGUGGGCUUCUGGAAGAUUGGAAGUGGCCAUCCUACUGCUUGUUAUAUUAUUUGUAACUUCCAGUUUUGAACAAACUCCAAACCAUUGUUCAUGUGUCCUCAGAAUCUUGCUGGUGGUCAGAUGGGGAAAUUACAUGUACUUGCCCUUUGAAGAUAAUCCUUAGUACAAUUUUACUACACAUGCUGUUAGAUAUUGCUAGAAUUUAUUGGAAUUACACCAACUCCAACUCAGACUGACUGCAGGUUUUAGAAAUCCUUUGACCAUGAAAACAAAGAUUCGGCCAAAUGUCACACUUGGGAUCACGUUUGGUUGACUUUACUGAGUGUGUGGCUGUAAUCGUUUGUCAUGACCAUACUUCUGUUAUCUGUUAGUUCACUUUGGGCAAGGUAACAUUCAUGUGUGAAAGUUACAUGCACACUCUGCAGUUUGAGCUAACAGAUGACCAUUUUGAUCUCCGUAUAAGAUAGGAUAAUCACUUAAAGUGGCUACCUGCCACCAUCUUGCCAGUUGUUGAAUUUGUUUGUUGGCAUGCAGCAUGUAUUGAACUCAUAGACUUUAAAUCUGUCAAAUUUUGCCAAGAGCUACAAGUUCCUUGGCUGCUCAUUUUCAUACUACAUAUAACUAUGAUUGUGUACAUAUGCAUGAAACUUGUUCAUUUCUGACAGAUCACAAAGAAUACACAGUGCAAGAUGAGACAGAUUGAAUCGCAGGUUUAGUCUGAAGGAGUUUGCGCAGUAACUGCCGUAAAUAAACACAAAGAAAUGCAGGGUCUGAGGACUUUUAACAGCUUUUUAACUUGGGAAAAAAACACUGUCACCAGAGAGGGAGGUUAGCCUACUUGAAUACUUGAUCCUGUGGUGUGACUGAUUUCAGCCUGUAGAUUCUACUGCUCAUGUAGCAUCAAUGCUACAUCCUGAUCUGCUUCAUCAUCUUUCCAGUGUUCUACUGUGAGGUCUUUCAACCCUCCCUUCUUCAUGGCGGUUCAACUUUGUUGCAUGCUGCCACCGGUGUCUGUCUGCCUGUAGGGGCACAUUUCUCCGUUGUGUCCAGCCUCUGAUAUACUUUGAUUCCUUCCACUGUGUGUUCCCAUUUCAGUGAGGCUUGAUUUUAUCCAGGAAGACUGCUGCUUGGCCAGAAAAUACUUCAUUAUUGUUUUUAAAUUGGAUACAUUCUGUGGUCUUUUAAGAAUAACAGACAAUUGCCAAAUGUAGAAUUUUUAUUUUAUGGUUUAUAAAACCGCAUUUGAGAGUAAAAUGGAGGUUUGCAUUUGUAUGCAUGUUUACAUUGUAAGGUAAAAAUGUUAGUUAUUGCAUGCACUUGCAUGAAUACAACAAUUUCAGACUGCAUAUAGGGUUGCCCAUAACAUAAUGUGUAUCAUCUACAAGUAAGGACAUCUUUUUUAUUGUUCACUCAUUUGUGAAGGACGGACGUUUCUUGCCAGAUAUAUUAAUGUAAAUAUUAUGUGCAGUUAGUACAAUAUAGAUUUCAGAUGUAGACAUUAUGGAUGCUAAGCAUUUGUAAGGGAUGUGCAUUAAAGUCACCGGUGUGGGCCGAGUAGCAUUAAAUUUACAGCCUAGUCAUUUUACAAGCUAGCUAUUCAUUUCCUGUCACCUGAAGAAAACGACUGUAGAGCUUCUUUGUUGUAAAACUAGACUGGCACAAACCUCUUUGUUUGAAGGUCCUCAGGUGACAAAGUUGAUGGUUGAGUCUCUGCUGCAUUGUCUUUAGUACUAUGUCCUUGAUUCCCUUAAGAUUGUGUGUCAUGUCUGUGUGUAUAUUUCAGCACAAUUACGGUAUUUACUAUUACCACACACAUGAUCUUUUGUAAAUACAUCCACUACAUGUAUAUUGGCAUCUCAGACAGGGCCAAACAUCAGGUAAACGUUGAUGAAUAAAAAGUCCCAGCAACUCUAAUAAAAUGCAGAAUUUUGAAUAAAGUAUUCUUCAAGAUGUGAUUUUUAUCAGGAAAAUGGCACAUAUAAAUCAUAUUGAUUUUGUUAUAAAUUCAAUUCAAGCACAGUGUAAACGCACAGUUAUUACAAAUAUUACCAUGCUGCCUUCAUCCAAGACCAACUUUUGAUCCAAACCCCAUUGUAUUAUCAAUUUUUGCUGAAACAUUGUGUACGUGUUCUAUAACAAUUCAUAAUCGUGGAUUUAAAUAAAAGUAUAUUUGUAAAUGAGCUGAAGAUUAAA